GUAAUGACGUAACCACGCAGAUAAUGGCACCGAAUGACAGGACCCAAUCUGUCAGUUUGGGGCAAAUUACUCAAUGCUUUGGGGCCGUGAGUCGUGACCUAUUUUUCUUAUAAAUUGUUUAAAUUAUUAGAAAAUGCCUAGCAGUUGUGUAAUGAAAGGCUGUAGAAAUUACGAUAAAAAGUUUAAAAAGGAACACGGGGUAACUUAUCAUCGAUUUCCUGUUGACCCAACUCGCAGAGAGAUUUGGUGCCGUAUUCUCAGGAAACAACGACAAGAAGCUUAUUUCAAACCUGCUCUAAACACACGAAUAUGUUCAGCUCAUUUCGGGCUCGAAGAUUUUACUAUUUCAGAACGUGGUCAAAGAAGAUUAAAGGACACUGCAGUGCCCCGAUGUCAAAUAGAAAUUGAGAUACCUGGCAAUGGUUGUGCUUCUCCGUGUCCGGAAUCACAGAAGGUACAGACGGACUUCCCUAAAUCAGAUGAUCCACUCUUCGUAGACAUCAGUGAUCUCAAUCCAAUAUUCGAUUCUCCUAUAACUUUGCACUUGAAAAAGAAAAUUGAUAAGCUACAAAAAAUUUUAAAAUUACGAACUUUAAAAAUAAAAUCUCUCCAGAAACAAAAUAAAAGAUUAAAAUUAAAGAACAAAGUGUUACAAGAUACAAAUAAAGCCUUGAAGCAAGAAAGGCUUAUUAUGUUGGAAAUGGAGUCUGCGAUAGAAACAAAGGUAGAAAAAAUGGAACCAAACGAAAGUUGUAGCUCUAACAUACAUAAUCUAACAUCAUAA